UAAUAAUAGACGCUUCAUAUAACAAGGAAAAGUCUUGCUUUUUUCGCCUCACUAAACAAACUGGCCAUCAGCUUGUCCUCAGGAGUUUGAUGUGAGCUCGGGACAAAGGUAAACGUACGCACGUUCAGUCCCUCUGUUUCAUAGAUCUCUCCUGCCAUUGGGCCUUUGCCAGCAGCCUCAAAUGCAAGCACAUCCACAUUGCGGACUUGCGUUGCAGCUCGUCGACAAACGGAUGUUCGACACAUCUCAGUGACCGGGCCCAGAACAGGAAAGGCUAGGCUUGCAGGGCUACCUUGCGUUCUGUCCGCCGUUAUAUCUCUUUUGAUUUGCUCAAGCUUGCACAGCACAUUGGUGUGAAUUUUCCAUGGCCCAAUCCUAGGACUAUCGCUUCUCACACAUCAUUGUUUCUUUCACGGUCCGGAUAUACAAGAAGCUUCGUCGACCUCGUUGCUCCCGUAUCACGUCUUCCCUCCUCUCCUCUCUAGCAACCAUCUCGCCUUUCCCAGCACUCCACGACUGAUAGGGUCAGUUAUCCCUCUAGCAUGCUGUGUUGUUCAACCUGCCUUCGUGAUUUCUCAGCUUUCCCAUGAACGGCUGGAGCUGACGUUCCCUCAGAAUUCCGUCACGCGAAUUCCAUUUCGAGUCAAGAGCAUCCUCAAUUCGUCUUUUGUGUUUUGAAAAUGAUAUUGCUCAGUCACUCAAAAUCUGACGUCUCACUACUCGCCUGCUUGUUGGUUUCGUUGGUGCCUUGAUCCGAUUGACAAUUUUGUCCGCCGUUAGUCAAGAUCACUGAGUCACAGCUUCACACUAUCUAAGCCUCACGGCCUUCAACUGUCACAGCACUUCAAGAAAUAAUGGAGUUGCGAAAUCCCCCCACACAAUUUUCCUUUCCUAACCUACAACCAAAUUCACCGCCGGCAACGCCGAAUUCUACUCAACCGAGAAAUACGUUCGGUGCGAGCUAUUACUCGUCAGCAUAUCGUAGACGUCACGGUAUAGCUAAAUUCGGUCUAUCUCCGCCUGAUUACAUUGCUCCGAAAGGCGAAGGACAUCAAUUCUCAUACACGCCACCCGACAGAGACGGCCCGUCGGAUUCAGAAUCAGAUCCAGUUGAUGAAGAGAGUGAUACGUCUUCUCAGAUUGAACAUGAAGUCCUAGCUGUAAGCUCGGAGCAGGACAGCGAUGUACUUGAGCGUCGAACUUCUACGAUACGAUCAAUCAACGAGGAUACCGACUUCACACUGGAAGAACUCUCCGAUGACGACAUCGGUCACGAUGAUCUGGAAGUCAUCUACCCUGAUCAGACAGAGGAUGCUAAAAGUGAGAAUGGCUCCAAAGCAAGCGAGUGUGACAUCAUUGAUGCGCUCAAGAACCUAAAAUGCAAAGACAAAGAAGAGCUAGCGAGAGCCUUGCAAUUCGACGCUGCUCAACGUGAAGCAUACCAAAAACGGAAAAAACGGUGGAGCGUAGGCGGUUACAAAAAACGCAGCCACGCACAAAGCGUCGGAAGCCAGUCGUCCGGCCACGAAGAUAUUGAGCCCUUGGAUGACAUACACUUACCAGGUGCAUCCGCUCGUCGACUGCGACGACGAACGCAGGGACCAGAAGACAGCGAGCCACCAAAUCGCACUUCACUCAUAUUCGACGACCCACCAAAAGAGCUUGAAGAACUUGCAGUAGAAGACCCACCGCCACUUUUGGAUUCCGAUGGAGAAUUAUGGUCUGACGAUGAUGGCGUGGAGGAGAUCGAGCUGCUGCUCCCCGCGUGGCUCAUGGACCUCGAGUCCAAUCCACCAAGUAGGCCCUCCACGGCAGUGUCCGUCGAAUCUGCAAGUAUCAGCACGCCAGCGAUAUGACCGCAGGUGGAAGUCCCGAUGCUCUCAUGUUUCAAUACGCACAUAUCCUCAACAAUCGCUCUGAUUCACCUCUUUGCAUCCAACCGGUCAAAAUUCGAUUGACCGGUCAAUGACGACUUACGAUCAGCAUAUAGACUUAGCGAAUCAUUGAUAAAUAUGCAUGCUUACACAUCCUCUCA